AUGGAGCCAUUCCGUGUGCGUCUCAACUGUAUCGAUCAUUACCAGGCGACCGCGUCGGAGUUGGAUCCCCCACUACCUUUUCGUGAUGAGGUCUCUGAAAAAGAUUUCAAGCCCAAAGUGCCCGUGAUUCGAAUAUUUGGGGCCACCGAAACUGGCCAGAGAGUUUGCGUACAUGUCCAUGGCGCAUUUCCAUAUCUCUACAUUGAAUACAACGGGUCCUUGGCACCAGAAGAUGUAAACUCGGCAAUCCGAACUCUUCAUCUCUCAAUCGAUCAUGCCCUGGCGGUCAGCUUUCGCCGAAAUGCAUAUGACCGGAGGACAGCGUUUGUGGCGCACAUCACCUUGGUGAAAGGAGUCCCGUUCUACGGAUAUCAUGUAGGAUGGCGGUUCUUCUUCAAAAUUUACCUUUUAAACCCCUUCCAUACAACCCGGUUGGUCGAUCUUCUGCACCAGGGAGCCGUGAUGAAACGUCCGCUUCAACCCUACGAGGCACAUGUGCAAUACAUCCCGCAAUGGAUGUGUGACUACAAUUUGUACGGAUGUGCAACCAUGAACUGCAGUCAAGUCAAGUUCCGAGCACCGGUACCUGAGUAUUUCGAGCUCAGCAAUCUAGCCCACCGCUGGCACGAUCGUUCAAUCCCACCCGAGAGCAUACUCGAUCACCCUGCAUUACAGAAACAAAGCAAAUGCGCGCUGGAGGUUGAUGUCUGUGUUCAAGAUAUCCUGAACCGUCUUGAUGUAAAGGAACGGCCUUUACACCAUGACUUCACCGAGCUUUUGAGACCUGUCGCGGUUAACGAGCGGCUUGUUCCUAGUAUGGCUGGACUGUGGCAGGAUGAAACUCGCAGACGGAAAAAGAGGAUGGGAAUCACUGAUCCCGGAAGUAGUCCAUUUGGACCUGAGGAAUUGGUUCCAAUGUCUGCGGAUCCAAGAAAGCAGUCGAGAGGUGGUUGGAUACACGAGGAAGAAUUCCGUGAGAUGGCAUCUCAGCUUGCUGCUAACGAGAAACACGAGGAUGGCAACAAAGAUACGACAUUUGGGACUUUCUUGGAUACCGACGAUCAAGCCAAAAAUGUCAAGACUGCGUUGGAUAGUGUUGAGGACUUCUUUCCUGACAAAAUCAGUACUUUGACUUUUGAUAGCAGCCGUUCCCAGGAAUCAGCCGAGCAAAAAGUACCGGAAAUUUCGGUUGAUGAGAGUCUUGCUUUGUCCUCUCAAGCUGACGGACAGUAUUACUCGGAUUCUGAUCAAGGAGUGGACUCAUUGGAAGGGACAGCGGAACAGGAGCCUGAAACGAAAGGGGACCCGCUUGGGGACAGCUUUUACGAUGAAAUCUUUGACGAAAUGCCUUUCUCAGAUGCGGCUGCACCUGCGGAGCCUGCUGAAACCAACAACCCAAAAGCAACUAUGGAUGAUGUCUUCAAGGACGAAAAUUCUGUAGCCCCAGCAAAAAGGCCCAGAGACCAGAGUCAAAGCAGAAGUGUAGCCCCUAAAAGACAACACUUCGAAAGUCUCGAUUGCCACCGUUCGCCUACCAAAAGACCUAGACAUAUGGCCGAACAAGACUUGUCUGACGGGCCAUUGGAAUCACCCAACACGCGGAAGCAUCAGCAAUAUGACAAACAAAAGAGUGUCUCCUUUGAUAGCAAGUUGGAUUCACACGCGGAAACCCCGUCGUCAGAACCAAAAUCAUCUUCCUCGCAGAGGACAGUCCGUCCAAAGGCGCAUAGUUACAACAGCGGCCUGAAAUUCCCGGUAGUCAAGGACCCCAAUGAUCCUCUGACCGUUUUACGUUACAGCCAAGAUGAGGCAAAUUCUUCAAAAAAAGACCCCGAGUCAUCCCAGCGCUUCUUGAGUUCUUUCCCUUCUGGAUCUCCCACGGAAUUGUCAGGCAAGAAUAGUAAAACCCAGAGUUCCUCAGAGUUACAUCAGUCUGCAACAGUAAUGAGACCAGCCUCUGUCGAUCCACAUCUCGCUGAGAUCAUGGGAAAAAAUUUAUCGGUCAUUCAAUUUUACACCAAACACGCUAUUGCGCUGCUUCAAAUUUGCCAGCCCAACUUCCAGCAAACAUUCUACAGUGAUGAAACGGAUGUGCCUGAACGACCAAGAGAAUAUGGCGGCAGAGAAUUUCGGCUAGAGAGCAACACCAUUCACUAUCUACCUGAUUUUGACCCGACGGCAGAGGCACCUGCAAUGUUUGGUGAGCAAACACCAACAACACAUGACCGAGAUCAGCAAGAAAAGGUUGAUCAACAACUCCGAGAAGGGUGUACCGCCAGGGUCUGGGAGUUUGCACCUGUUCCGCCAAGCCGAUCGGAAGUAAUACAGUGGUUGGAAGAGUUACAAGCCUCUCAAGAACCUAACCAAAAAGCAGCCCAAACCGUAUCUGCUGAAACGAAAUCCGACUUUCUCUCGCAGAUUGAGGGCCCCACACAGAAGAACGCACAUGGCUUCAAAUACUCACAGAAUGGAGUGUCCACCGGCGUGGAACACCAAGCUCAACACAUGAGCACAAUGAGCUUAGAAGUGCAUGUGAACACGCGCGGAACCCUCAUGCCCAACCCUGAAGAGGACGAGAUCACUUGCAUGUUCUGGUGCAUUCAAUCCGAAGACGAGGAUGUUGAGGUCAAUAGCCAUCUUCCCGGAGUUCAUGUUGGGAUGGUUUACCAUGGCGAAGGCGAGAGGCCAGAAGCCAAAAUCUCCAAAGCAUUGACAAUUGACGUCGAAUGUGAGCCUACGGAACUGGACCUGAUAAACCGACUCAUAGACAUUGUCCGGUACCACGAUCCGGACAUUAUCACGGGAUACGAGGUCCACAACGCUUCGUGGGGAUAUGUGAUUGAGCGAGCGCGCAAGAAGUACGACUUUGACAUUUGCGAGGAGCUUUCAAGAUCCAAAUCCCAAUCUAAUGGACGAUUUGGGAAAGAGGCAGAUCAGUGGGGGUUCAACCACUCAUCGUCCAUUCGCAUCACUGGGCGACACAUGUUCAAUAUCUGGCGCGCUAUGAAAGGCGAACUGAACCUACUACAGUACACUAUGGAGAACGUCGUCUUCCAUGUCUUGCAUCGCCGAAUUCCUCACUAUUCCCCCAAAGACCUAACGCAAUGGCACCAAAGUGGCAAGCCUCGCAAUCUCCUCAAAGUCGUGGAAUAUUUCACCUCUCGUGUGCAAAUGAAUCUGGAAAUUCUUGAAGCCAAUGAGUUGGCGCCAAGGACAAGCGAGCAAGCGAGAUUGCUGGGCAUUGAUUUUGCCUCUGUGAUUUCCCGGGGAUCGCAGUUCAAAGUUGAGUCUCUGAUGUUCCGAAUUGCGAAGCCAGAGAACUUCCUGCUCGUCUCACCAAGCAGGAAGCAGGUCGGACAGCAGAACGCAUUAGAAUGCUUGCCCCUGGUCAUGGAACCGCAAAGUGACUUCUACACUAGCCCACUCCUGGUGCUUGAUUUCCAGUCACUGUACCCGAGUGUCAUGAUCGCGUACAACUACUGCUACUCAACCUUCCUUGGUAGAGCAAUGCACUGGCGUGGGCGAGAUAAGAUGGGGUUCAUGGAUUACAAGCGACAGCCUAGGCUACUCGAAUUACUAAAAGACAAGAUCAACAUCGCACCGAAUGGUAUGAUGUAUGCGAAGCAAGAAGUGCGUCAGUCACUGCUAGCCAAGAUGCUCUCUGAGAUCCUUGAAACCCGCGUGAUGGUCAAAACCGGCAUGAAAGCCGACAAAGACGACAAGGUCUUACAGCGCCUUCUGAACAACAGACAGCUGGCACUAAAGCUAAUUGCAAACGUCACAUACGGCUACACAUCCGCCUCAUUCUCGGGACGAAUGCCCUGUUCCGAGAUCGCUGACAGCAUUGUCCAAACCGGCCGAGAAACCCUCGAAAAAGCCAUCGCCUUCAUCCACUCAAUCGAACGCUGGGGCGCCGAAGUCGUCUACGGCGACACAGACAGUCUAUUCGUCUACCUAAAAGGCCGGACCCGCGACCAAGCCUUCGACAUCGGCGAAGAAAUCGCCCAAGCAGUAACAGACCUGAACCCACGUCCGAUCAAACUAAAAUUCGAAAAGGUCUACCACCCCUGCAUCCUGCUUGCGAAGAAACGCUACGUAGGCUUCAAAUACGAGCACCGCAACCAAAAAGAGCCCGAAUUCGACGCAAAGGGCAUCGAAACCGUCCGUCGCGACGGCACCCCCGCCGAACAAAAAAUCGAAGAAAAAGCCCUAAAAACACUCUUCCGCACCGCAGAUCUCUCCCAGGUAAAAUCUUACUUCCAGCGCCAAUGCGCAAAAAUCAUGCAAGGCCGCAUCUCCAUUCAGGACUUCUGCUUCGCCCGCGAAGUUCGCCUGGGGACGUACUCCGAGCGAGGCACCCUUCCCGCCGGCGCGAUGAUAAGCACAAAGCGCAUGCUGGAGGAUCCGCGCUCGGAGCCGCAGACCGGUGAGCGCGUGCCGUAUGUUGUUGUUACCGGUGCGCCUGGGUCGAGACUUGUUGAUCGGUGUGUUGCGCCGCAGAUACUUCUGCAUGAUGCGCAGCUUGAGAUCGAUGCGGAGUACUAUAUCACGAAGAAUAUUAUUCCGCCGCUGGAGAGGAUUUUUAAUCUUGUGGGUGCGAAUGUUCGUCAGUGGUACGAUGAGAUGCCGAAGGUGCAGCGGAUUCGGCGGGUUGAGGGCUCGGUGCUGGCGAGACCGAAUUCUAGUGCUGGUGCUGGUGGGGUUAGUAGGAAGACGCUUGAGUCUUAUAUGCGCUCGUCUUCGUGUGUGGUCUGUCGGGCGAGAUUGUCUGAUGCUGCUGUUCCUGUGUGUGCGGAUUGUCUGCAGAAGCCGCAUCUUACGUUGCUUGAUGUUGUUUCGCGGCUGCAGAGGGCGGAGAAGAGAGUCGUUGAUUUGGAAGCUAUUUGUCGCUCUUGUAUGGGUGUUUCUCCUGGUGAUGAGGUUAGCUGUGAUAGUUUGGAUUGCUCUAUCUUCUACUCGAGGACUAGAGAUGCUGCUAAUUGGAGACACUCCAAGGCCGUGUUGGAGCCUGUGGUUGAAUUAUUGGAACGGAAGGGGGAUGAGGGAUUGGAUUGGUAG